AUGAUGCACCGCGUAUCCCGCUUGGCCGCUCGACGCCCCCUUCGCACAUUUUCCACAUCAUCUGUGGAGCGCGUGCCGCUUUUCAUCGAUGGCAAGUUUGUGCAGUCCAAGACAGACAAGUGGAUUGAUUUACGAAACCCAGCGACGAAUGAAGUGAUUUGCCAAGUGCCGGAAGCCACACCAGAUGAGAUGCGCCAAGCUACACAAGCUGCUUCGCGCGCUUACAAGACCUGGAAGGAGGUGGGCGUGCAGCAGCGUCAGCGCGUCAUGCUCAAGCUGCAGCAUCUGAUUCGCGAGCACACAGACGAACUUGCCUUGUCUAUCACUAAUGAGCAGGGAAAAACCCUUGCUGAUGCUCGUGGUGAUAUUUUUCGUGGUCUUGAAGUGGUUGAGCAUACGUGUGGAGCUGCAACGCUCAUGAUGGGCGAGACAGUUGAGAAUCUAGCCACAUCCCUCGACACUUACUCGUUCAAACAGCCGCUUGGUGUAUGUGCUGGUAUCUGCCCCUUCAACUUUCCUGCUAUGAUCCCACUGUGGAUGUUUCCUACUGGCACAGUGACCGGUAACACGUACAUACUUAAGCCGUCGGAAAAGGACCCUGGUGCAACUAUGAUUCUUGCUCGACUGGCUCAAAAAGCGGGUCUUCCAGACGGUGUUCUCAAUAUCAUACAUGGCGCUCAUGAUACGGUCAAUUUUAUCUGUGACGCCCCAGAGAUAAAAGCCAUCUCGUUCGUGGGUGGCAACCAGGCAGGCGAGUACAUUCACUCUCGUGGUAGCGCUAAUGGAAAGCGUGUGCAGGCCAAUCUUGGUGCGAAGAAUCACGCUGUCAUCAUGCCUGAUUGCGACAAGGAUCAGGCUGUUGGUGCUCUCGCUGGGGCUGCAUUUGGAGCUGCAGGCCAGCGUUGCAUGGCCCUUUCGGUUGUUGUUUUCGUUGGCAAGUCGAAGGAAUGGGUCAAGGAUAUUGUUGAGAAAGCCAAGACAAUGAAGGUCAACGGAGGCAUGGAGCCCGAUACGGAUGUAGGCCCACUAAUCACUGUGGCGGCUAAAGAGCGGGCGGAGCGACUAAUUCAAGAAGGCGUGGACAAUGGCGCUGAGCUUCUACUCGACGGACGCAAUGUCAAGGUACUCAAGUAUCCUAACGGCAACUUUGUUGGUCCUACAGUACUGAAUAACGUCAGCACAGACAAUCCUGCAUACGUCGAAGAAAUUUUUGCUCCCGUGCUAGUUUGCACAUCAGUGGACACGCUGGAAGACGCGAUCGAGCUCAUAAACCGCAAUCCGUAUGGUAACGGGACUUCGAUAUUUACGUCAUCGGGAGCAGCUGCGCGUAAAUUCCAACAUGAAAUUGACGUAGGCCAGGUCGGUAUUAAUGUGCCGAUUCCCGUUCCUCUUCCUAUGUUUUCGUUCACUGGUUCGCGAGCGUCGAUCCGUGGUGACUUAAACUUUUAUGGGAAGGCUGGUAUCAACUUUUACACACAAAUUAAGACAGUAACUUCAUUGUGGGACUACAACGAAAAAACUCGCUACGGUGCUGUGAUGCCAACGCUUAGUUAG